CGGAUGUCAGCCCUGGAGCGGGCACCCCCGGGGCAAGGGCCUGGCUUGGCCGGGAGAGCCCCAGCCUGCAAUGGGCUCCGGCUCUUUCCCCCCCCACCCAGGGGCGCAGCCAGGCCUCCUCCGUCCCUCCCCUUCUCCCGUUCCCAUAGCAGCCGCCGGCCGCUCCGCCCCCCCCUCCCCGCCGCCAUGGCCGCGGCCGCCGCGCGCUCCCUCUCCAGGCCCGGCCGCCGGGCGCUGCCGCUGGUGGUGAUCCUGGGCGCCACGGGCACCGGCAAAUCCGAGCUGGCGCUGCAGCUGGGCCUGCGGCUGGGCGGCGAGAUCGUCGGCGCCGACUCCAUGCAGCCAAAAAUAAUUUCACCUUUGGAAUGAGACUGGGCCUGGACAAUUGAAACCCAGAAAGAAUCAGUAUGAGAAGUGACGAGCUCAGGGAAUGCAGAAUGGAAGUUGAAGCUCACAUGCUUGCUCUUAUAAGCACAGCUUCCCAUCGGGAUCCUCUGGCAUGGACUCUUGUUGUGUCUCAUUGAAGUCAAUAAGGCUCUGCGGAGCACGUGAGACCUCCAUAAAUGAAUCCCAAUGCAAGGUGUACAAGGGGCUGGACAUCAUCACAAACAAGAUCUCUCCCCAGGAGCAGGCUUUGUGCAGACACCACAUGAUCAGCUUUGUGGAUCCCUUGGUCUCUAACUACACCGUGGUGGACUUCCGGAACAAAGCAGCCGCCCUGAUUGAAGAUAUAUUUGCUCGGGAGAAGAUCCCAAUUGUUGUGGGAGGCACCAACUAUUACAUCGAGUCCCUGCUCUGGAAGGUCCUUGUGGAUACCAAGGAGAAGACCAGCCCUUCCCCUGGGCGAGCAGCCGACCGGAGGGUGGAACUGGAGCAGCUGGACGGCCGCGAGCUCCAUUGCCGGCUGAGCCAAGUGGACCCGGAAAUGGCUGCCAAGCUGCAUCCCCACGAUAAGCGCAAAGUGGCCAGGAGCCUGCAAGUAUUUGAAGAAACUGGGAUCCCCCAUAGCGAGUUCCUGCAUCGGCAGCGAGAGGAGGAAGGUGGGGGCCCAUUGGGGGGGCCCCUGAAGUACCCAAACUCCUGUAUCCUGUGGCUUUACGCAGACCAGGCAGCUCUAGAUGUGCGGCUGGACAAGCGGGUGGAUGACAUGGUGGCAGCGGGGCUCCUGGAGGAGCUGCGGGACUUCCACCGGCGUUACAACCGGGAGAAGGUGGCUGAGAACUGCCAGGAUUAUCAGCAUGGCAUUUUCCAGUCGAUUGGCUUCAAGGAGUUCCACGAGUACCUUAUGACAGAGGGGAAGUGCCCAGAGGAGACCAGCGCCUCGCUGCUGGAGAAAGGGAUCCAGGCCCUGAAACUAGUGACGAAGAGAUACGCCCGGAAGCAGAACAAGUGGGUCCGAAACCGCUUCUUGAGACGCCCUGGACCCAAUGUGCCCCCAGUGUAUGGCUUGGAGGUGUCUGAUCUCUCCCAGUGGGAUGAGAAUGUGUUGAAACCUGCCCUUCAGAUUGUGGAGAGCUUCAUCCAGGGGCGGCAGCCAUCGGCAGACCCUGUAAAGAUGGAGAGCGAGAUAAAUGAGGACAAACGGAGUCAUCACAUGUGUGAGCUCUGCAACAGAGUCAUCAUUGGGGACAGAGAAUGGGCAGCUCACACAAAGUCGAAGUCCCAUCUGCACCACCUGAAGAAAAGAUUGAAGCUGCACUCAAAGCUCAGUGCUGUGGAAAGCCAAGUUAAUGUCACAGAGACUCAAGGAGCCAGUGAAGGGGCAGAGAACUUGGGACAGGACAGAAACUAGACUCAGUUCUGCAUCUGCCAACCAGCUGGGGAGCCGGGUCAGCAGCUGUUCUAUCCCCGAUGGAAUCGAGAUUGAAUGGAGCAGAGCGCAGGAAGGAUCUGGGGAGAAGCUGGGUGUCUUGCUUUCAGCAUCCUGCUGUAGGCAAGAGCGUAUCCUCUUCACCUGGCAUGAAUGGGGUGAGGAUCCCCAAACUUCUCCAGCCCAGCCUGAAAACUGCUGAACCUCCAAGCAAGCUCAUCAGGAGCAACCGAGCUGAGUUGUGUUUUUAAUUCUAGGCAGUGACCCAGCAUCCCAGCCUUGGGGUUUGAUCUAGUUUGCUGGCAUUUGAGUGAGGCGUUCUCAGGGACAGAAUUAACUGUGUUCGUACCAGCCUUGGCCAAAAGAUUAGAGCCACAUACUAGGGAAUUCUCACUACCUUGAUUUAUUUUUUAUGAAGGCUUUUUUUUUUUACAUCUAAAUAAAGUAGAAACGUUGGCGCUCUCA